AUGAUCUCCACAUUAGUCUCCCUGAUUAUUCAUUCACAGGGUACCGACGAAACGUUAUAUAAUAAAUUAACUCAACAUCAUGGAAAAAAUAAACAUUAUAUUUCAUCGGCGAAACAGGGUGGAAAACAAUUGAUGUUUGGUGUAAAACAUUUUGCUGAACCUGUUCUCUACGAUUGUACCAACUUUCUCGAAAAAAAUCGUGAUACAUUUAGUAAUGAUUUGAAACUUAUUCUAUCUAAUAGUGAAAAUCGUUUAAUAAAGACAAUAUUUCCAAUUGAAUCAUUAAAUUUUGUAUGUUUUGUCACACUGAAUUUUGAUCGUGAACGUGUUGUCCAACAGUUACGUUAUAGUGGAAUGAUGGACACAAUCAACAUUCGUAAACUCGGUUAUCCAAUUCGCCAUAAUUUCAAUGAAUUUGUUCAUCGUUAUGCUGCUAUUGCAUCGUCGAUUGAGAAAAUGCAUAAAAGAUCAGAAGCAAGAGGUAAUCAAAGUGAUCCACGUGCGAUAGCGGCAAAAAUAUGUGAAAUAGUUCUCACUGGUCAGGAUUAUCAAAUUGGAAGAACAAAAAUGUUUUUAAAACUCAUUGACAUAUUAGUUGAUAUCUUUACCAAGAUGCGACAUGGUUUUCAACGUUUACAAGCGGUAUAUAACAUGCAGCAUAUCGAUGUAAAAAUGAAACUAUACCAUGAAACAUUACCAAAAAUUCAAACAUUAUGCAAAGGUACUCUAGCUCGACGUCAUGUAAAGUUUCGUCCGCAAGCAAUUCAAAUUCUACAAGAAAAAGGUUUACAAUAUCUUGCUUGGAGAAAUGUUCGACGACAACAAAUUAGAGCUUUAGAAAUGGAACAAUUAGAAACUUUUCGCUAUAAAGAAGAGCAACGUUUAACACUUGAAUUAGGCCCGGAGAAAGCGAAACAAGCGACAGAAGAAAAAUAUCAAGAACUUUUAGCAAAUUUGGAAGAAGAAAUUCGUGAACAAGAACGACAAGAUAUUGCAAACGUGAGAGAAAAACGAGCAGGGAGAAAUCGAGUUGAUGAUAAUGAUGAUGUCGAGUUUUCAACAAAAGAAGAAAGAUUAUUAAAACGUGAAACAGAUCCAUUUGAAAGUGAUGCUAAACGAUAUGGUUUUGAAAAAUUUACAGUCAAAUAUUUUCAACAUGGAAAUACUGCAAGUUUUUCAGAUAAAGAAAUAGCCAAAUCACUAUUGAAUUUAAAUUCACCCGUAGACCAACAGGCGGCUGAAGCUAUUUUUGAAGUGAUUAUGAGAUUUAUGGGCGAUAAAGAUGAUGUGGAACCCCCAAAAUCGACGACAAAUGAUGAUAAAGAACUAAAAAGACGUGAUUCUCAAUAUGAAAUAUUGAUAUCAGUACUGUAUCCACUUAUUGCUCAUCAACUCGAAAUAAAACUUGAAGAAGAAGAUGAUCCGCACGAAAGGAAAAAAAAGCGUAAUAUUCGUGCAAAAGCUAUCGAUCGUAUACGAGCAAUGAAAAAAAAAUCGGUUUAUUUUGAAGAACGUCUCAAGAAAGAUAAUCCAUUUCGUGAAGAUCGUUAUUUAACAUCAUUAGAAAAAGUUCAAAUGAUAUCAGUACUAGGUAUAAUUCGUCCACAAUUGAGAGAUGAAAUAUUCUGUCAGCUGUGUAAACAACUUACUAAUCAUCCAGUAAAACGAGAUAAGAAAAGUAAAAAUUUGGACAAAAUGGAACAACAGCAACAUUCAUAUAUGCGCGGAUGGUUUUUACUAACUUUAUGUCUAAGUACAUUUCCAGCAAGUUCAAAUUUAGUACCUUUUUUACGUAAUUUUGUUCUGAAUGGUCCUUCAAAUAUAGCUGAAUUUUGUGAAUUUGCCUUGAAACGUACAUAUCGUAAUGGUUCAAGAAAUGAACCGUUAAGUAUGGAAGAGAUCGAGGGUUUACGAAAAGCUCAACCCAUGAAAAUAAAAGCACGAAUAAUACAUGGUACGAUGCAAAAAUAUGUUUAUUCUGAUCCAGCCACAACAGCUGAGGAAGCUUGUACAGAAUUAGCAAGACAAUUAAGCAUCAAAGCAACAUUCGGAUGGUCGUUAUAUGCGCAAUAUAAAACAGCGAAUUAUUCACUUGGUUUUAACAAUGAUCAUGUAUUUGAUGUAUUAUCACGAAUAGAAAUGAACCAAAUAGAAACAAAAGGUGACGUUGAAAAACCAGUGGAUAUACAGUAUGUAUUUUGUAAACAAAUAUUUGCUCCAUGGGAAAAUCUCGAUGAUGAUCCAGUAGCUAUUGAUUAUAUUUAUGAGCAAAUAAUUAAUGGAAUUCGAGCAAAUAUUUAUACCUAUGAACCUGUGUCAGAUGAAGGAGAAUUUAGCCUCUUAAUUGUGCAACAUUAUUAUAUAAUACAUGGAAAAGAUAUAGAGCCAGAUAAAAUGAAACAAAUCGUUCGAGAUAUAACACCACCGCCAUUUGUAUUAUCUGAUAGUAAUCAGAAAAUACAACUAGUAUUAACAGAAAAACAAAUUGAUAUUAUUGUACAAAAAGCGAUUCAAAAAGAUGGAGAAUUCAAACGAAGCGUUAAGCGUUUAAAACAAAAAUUCAAAUCUCGUGAACAAAUUCGUCGUGAAAUAAAAAAAGAACUUAUCACCUAUGCUCAACGAAAAUGGCCUAUUACAUUUUCACGUGUAUUUGAAAUAUCAACAUUAUCUGGACCGUUGAUUGAUGAAGUACAAACCGCUGGUUUAUCGAUUGGAAAAGAUAUGAUUCAUUUUUUUUCUAAAGAGACACAAAUCAGUGUAGGUGAAAUACGUUAUCCAGAAAUAACAGCGAUAAGAAAAGAUCAUGAUCAUGUAUUAAACUAUUAUCAUUAUACAUUGGAAACUGUCUAUGGUGAUUUUACAUUUGCAUUACCAAUGGGAGCUGAUUUAGAAACAUUAUUAAAAUUAAUUCAUACAAAUUUGAAAGAUAGAUCACGAAUGGCCAUUGCUCAAAAAGAUUAUAAACCAGCGAAACGUGGUGCUGGAAAAUUAGAAUUAUUACGUGGUGAUAUUGUACUGUUGAAUGGUGAAAGCAGAAAGAAUUUUGAAUCAGGUUUUCUCACUGGUGUCAAUGAUCGUACAAAUCGUGAAGGUGAAUUUCCAGCGGAUAUUGUGUAUAUCAUUCCGUGUAUAGAUAAACCAGAAACAAAAGUUCUUCGAGGAUUAGUUUUACGUAUAAUAAAACGCGCUCAUAAUAUUAGCAAUGACAUUGAACAACAGCAACAUUAUAAUAUUCAUACAUUAAAAGAUUAUGCGGAAAAAUUCUUUCAGUAUAUAUCUAAUCCAUUAAAUAGAGAUUUAAUAGAUAAUAAUUUUUUAUAUUUCUAUAGAUCGACAAAGAUGACUGUUUGGCAAUAUGAAAGAGAUGAUAUAAAAGAAGGUCUACUUCGAAAUCUUGAGAAAAAGCCAGAGCUACAAGAAAAAGCGGUGCAAAUGUUUCAAGCAGUACAACAGUAUGCAAGAAUGUCACCACAAGAUAGAAAAAAUAUACAACAAAGUGAUAUUGAUAGUAUAUUUGAUGUAGCAUUUGAAAAAGCGGUACGUAUAAAGACUUUUAAAAUGUUAAAAGAAGAAUUAUAUUGUCAACUAAUAAAACAGUUGACAUAUUGUCCUGAUAUUAAGAUUGAAACUCGAAUAUGGGAAUUAUUAUGGUUAUUAACAGGUUGUCUAGUUCCAGACAAAGUCUUAUUACAACAUGUACAACUAUUUUUAAGAUCAAGUUCGAAUCUAGCAGCAUUAGAAUGUUAUAAUCGAAUACAAAAAAUUCUGAAACAAGGAGAACGCAUAUGUCCACCACAUAUUAUUGAAUGUAAAGCUCAGAUAAAUUGUACUAAAAUUCGUCAAUAUAUCCACUUUCCAAAUGGCCGUGAGCAAGAUUUUAUUGUCGAAUCAACGACAAAAGCUGAUGAACUUGUGUCAAAUAUAUGUAAAGAAUUAAAAAUACACUCGUCAAAUGGUCUAAGUUUAUUUUUAGAAUUCGGAAAGAAAAAAUUUUGUGGACAUGAUAAAAAAAACCUUGACUAUAAAAUACAUUUUAAAAGAAAAUUAUGGAUCAACAUUGUACCAAAUGAAGAUCGUCAAGCUGACUCUAUUGUCCAUUUUUAUCAGGAAAAAGAAAAAUAUAUUCUCGGUUUACACAAAUGUACUAUGGAUGAGGCUGUCAAUUUGGCUGCACUAUUAGGCAAAGCUGAAAAAGCCAAAGGUACACCAGAAAACAAUCUUGCAUAUUUUGUACCAAAUUUUCUAAUUAAAUCAGCUCCACAAUCUGAAUGGGCCAAAAAAAUUUAUAAUGCAUCAAAUCAAAUUCGAGAUCUUACUGAUGAAGAAGCGAAAAUAAAGUUUUUAAAACACGUAUCAACAUGGCCAAUAUAUGGAACAAAGUUUUAUGAAAUUAAAAAUAAAUCAGAAUUUGAUUUUCCUGAAGAUAUAUUUAUUUGUAUAAAUCAAAAUGGUAUUAGUAUAAUGAAUGCAGUGACAAAGUAUGUGGCUAAAUAUGUUUAUUUCAAUAUAAAUCAUAGUUCAAAUGCCAUUUCAUUUCUUCUCGAAGUACAUGUAGGAAGACAAACAAAAAAAUAUGUUUUUGACACGGAUAUGGGUGACAUUAUAGAAGAUUUAAUUGACGAUUAUUUAGAUGCAACGAAACAAGAUAAACAAAAUGAUUAUUAA